AUGAGAAAAAUGGAGUAUUAUAUAUACCAUCUUAAUGAGACCAAAAAUUCAAAGAAUAUGAAUCAUCCUGCCAGUCCUGCAUUUCCUUUUCAUUUGUUAAUUUGUGGUGGAUCAGAUAGUAGAAAAACUAAUAUAAUUCUUAAUCUUCUUGAAAAUAAAAUCCAACAUUUGUUUAAAGAAAAGAAAGGGGAACAGUAUAUUAAAAAUGAUGAUCUAAAAAACAUGACAUUUCACACAUUAAAAGCAGAUGCAAUUUUAGAUGUAACUAAAUUUUCUUCAGAUAGAAAUACGGUUGUAGUCUUCGAGGAUCUUUGUGCUGAAUCAAAGAAAAUCUAG